AGCUCUUCCCCACGGCAGAAUGCCUGCUUGCCCUACUGCUCAGCCUCCAUUGUCUAAUUCCCUCAUCUUUGCUACAGAAAGGGAAGGCUGCAAGUCUUUCCGUUCGGAGGGACCUUAGCUGUUGGUGGUGUUUCUUGGCCAGCUGCUGUGGUCUCAGGGAUCUGCCUAUGAGCCUGUGGUUUCUCUGUGCUGCCUCGGAGUCCGAGGUCUCGGGAAUCUGUGAAUCUUUGAGAACAGCCUACGACCCCUGGGCUUUGCCUGCCAAUCGACGGAUUCGCGAUCUACCAGCGGAUCUGACAUCCCCGGGAUCAGCCGGUGAUUUCUAGUAUCUCUCCGAACGUCUGAGAUCUCAGAGAACUCUGCCUGCAGCUCUGGGUUCUAUCUGAGGCUUCUUGGAUCUUGCAGCCAGGGAUCUACUGGAUCUUUUGGGGGCCCAGGAGGCACCUGUGACAUUUGAAGAUAUGGCCAUGUACCUCACCCGGGAAGAAUGGAGACCUCUGGACCCUACACAAAGGGACCUUUACAGGGAUGUUAUGCAGGAGAACUAUGGAAAUGUUGUCUCAUUAGAUUUUGAGAUCAGGAAUGAGAACGAGGUGAAUCCAAAGCAGGAGAUUAGUGAAGAUGUAGACUUCGGGACCACAUCUGAAAGGCCCGUUGGGAAUGCUGAGGAAAAUCCUGAAAUUGAGGAGGCCUUUGAAAGCGGGGAUAGGUCGGAAAGACAGUGGGAAGAUUUAACAGCAGAAGAGUGGGCGAGCUAUCCUCUCCAACAAGUCACUGAUUUGCUUGUCCACAAAGAAGUCCACACAGGCAUCCGAUAUCAUAUAUGCUCUCAUUGCGGAAAGGCUUUUAGUCAGAUCUCAGAUCUUAAUCGACAUCAGAAAACCCACACUGGAGAUAGACCCUAUAAGUGUUACGAGUGUGGAAAGGGCUUCAGUCGGAGCUCACAUCUUAUUCAGCAUCAACGAACACAUACUGGGGAGAGGCCCUAUGACUGUAAUGAGUGUGGGAAAAGCUUUGGAAGAAGCUCUCACCUCAUUCAGCAUCAGACAAUACACACUGGAGAGAAACCCCACAAAUGCAACGAGUGUGGGAAAAGUUUCUGCCGGCUCUCUCACUUAAUCCAGCACCAAAGGACCCACAGUGGGGAGAAACCCUAUGAGUGUGAGGAGUGUGGGAAAAGCUUCAGCCGGAGCUCUCACCUGGCUCAGCAUCAGAGGACCCACACGGGUGAGAAGCCUUAUGAGUGUAAUGAAUGUGGGCGAGGCUUCAGUGAGAGAUCGGAUCUUAUCAAACACUACCGAGUUCACACAGGGGAGAGGCCCUACAAAUGUGAUGAGUGCGGGAAGAAUUUCAGCCAGAACUCUGACCUCGUGCGCCAUCGCAGAGCCCACACAGGAGAAAAGCCGUACCAUUGUAACGAAUGUGGGGAGAAUUUCAGCCGCAUCUCACACUUGGUUCAGCACCAGAGAACCCACACUGGGGAGAAGCCAUAUGAAUGCAAUGCUUGUGGGAAAAGCUUCAGCCGGAGCUCCCACCUCAUUACACAUCAGAAGAUUCACACCGGAGAGAAGCCUUAUGAGUGCAAUGAAUGUUGGCGAAGCUUUGGCGAAAGGUCAGAUCUGAUUAAACACCAGAGAACCCACACAGGAGAGAAGCCCUAUGAGUGUGUGCAGUGUGGAAAAGGUUUCACUCAGAGCUCCAACCUCAUCACACAUCAGAGAGUUCAUACGGGAGAGAAGCCUUAUGAAUGUACCGAAUGCGAGAAAAGUUUCAGCCGUAGCUCAGCUCUUAUUAAACAUAAGAGAGUUCACACUGACUGAGACCUGUAUUUAUGAUGACUGAGAAAUUCAGUUGAAGGUAAAAUUUUAUUUGAUGUCAGUAAGCUCCUACAAGACUGAGCUUUUUUAACCAUACUGAAUUUUCUAGUUGUGGGCCACAAUUUAAAACAUCAAAGAAGACAAGCCAUUUGAAAUUUUGACCCACAGCUUUGGGAAUGUAACUGUCUCCCCCUAAGUAGUGAUUUUUAUUCACUCAAUGAAUUACUUCAUCAACAUCAGCCAUACAAAUGGCUGGAAAUCUGGAGACCAGGGGAUAAAUGCUGGUGAAUGCUCAGGCCUGGAAAUGGAGUAAAUCUUUAAAAGUUACAGCUCCCAUCCUUUGGCCCAAAGAACUAUGUUAGGGGAAAUGUGGGACUGUAAUAGGGUGGCCAUGUCUGCUUUGGAAAAAGGCAACAGGGAUUCUGCCUGAAUCGCCACACCUAUUUACACACCAUAGUAGUUAGGCACAUGUAUCUUCCCCUCCAGCUUUUUCCUUGAGUUGCUUAUGCAUUUGUAUCUUUCUCUCUUCCCGGGAACAGGAUUCUGCACGAUGAAGGCAAUGAUCAUAACUUUUCUCCUUUUCAUUGUUUCUAUUUAAACUUUUGAAAGCGUGAAUCUUUAUGAGAGCUAACUGAAGACACAGAUUGAAAGGAAAAAUGAGACACAGGUUUGGGGACCAAGGACCUGUCAAUGGUGGUGACUUUAGCAAGAGAUGCCCACUUGUUAUUGGCAUUAAUCAGCAUUAUAACUUUUCUUUGGGGAUCGAUGUAGAGAACAUUGUAGGGAAAAUAUCUUCAAGGAAAGAUAAGACCAUGGAGUGAUGGUGGAGUGUAAGGAGCAAGUGGAAUUGACCAAGGAAGGAAGCACAGAGUCCUUUCCCAAGGAAUGCAGGUCAUUUCUGUGUUCUUUCCCCUCCACCUGUUAAGAUCAGUUCUUCCUACUGCUAACACUAGAAUUUGAUAAGGGCCAUAUCUCAGUGUUUAUCUUAGCUUACAUAAGGGCAUGUGUAUAUACAGUGAAAUGUGUAUUCCUGUGGUUUUUUCCAGUAGCUGAAACUGCCAAUCACACAGAUUUAGCAUGUUCUUGGAUGAUACUGAUCAUAUGACAGAACUACAGAUAUAACUCCAAUGUGACAAAUGUCCUUUUUCCCCCGCUCUGUAUAAAAAAAAAGUCAACACUAGUGUUCUAGUGUGUAUUCUCCUAUAAGAUCUGUCCUUGUACAGAACUAAGCACUUGUUUAUAUGUAUCAGUAAUUCUGAAAGCUAAUGAUCAUACGAAUAGGUUGAUUGUUCUAUUCUCAGAUUGAAUUACCUUCAUUGGCAAUGAAGAACUCCUUGGCCUAGUCAGAUGGAAUUAAUGAACAUAGGUAGGGCUGUAUUUCCAUCCUCCAAGCCUACAAAUGUAAGUGGUUAAAAUAAGAGUUGACGUAAUGUAAGCCCAGUAUUGUCAGUUCUCCUUAUCUCAGCCUGAGUUGGAAUUAAGAAAUAUCCCAAAUGUUGCUUAGUCAAGCAUUUGGGGGCUGGAGUGGGAGGGAAUUAGUAUGCAGGAGAUGAGACUGGAGUAAGGAAUAUAUUUUCUUUUGAGAGUGCCCCAAGUUAUUUCUACCAUGCUUUAUUGUGAAUGUUGUAACAUUUUAAAAGAAUACUUCUUCCAUAGCUCUUUGGGACUUGGUGUUAAAGGAGCCGGUGGUCUCUCUUGGGUAGUGUACUAUAGUGAGUUAUUGUGAUCCACGGCUCUGUGGACUGCACACGUGAUUUGCAAAUGAGAGAAACGUGAAAGUAACAAAAAUGAAGAACCACUCCACCAAGGGGGUUUCUUUAUGUUGCCACUUCUUUUUGAAUACAAACCCGGGCAGGGAUCGUGUCUUUUGUUCUAUACAAAAUGUCACAGACUGUGGGUAUUCAUGUUUUAUUGUUAAGUGACUUACAUGUUCUUGGUGAUUGAACUUGAAUAUGUCUUUUUCUGUAUCAGUGUUGCUGAUGAUUUUCAUGACUAUUAAAGUUCCCUGUUGCUUCUGUGAGCCACGACUGGCAUCAGCUUGGGAGUGGCCUUAGAAGACAGCAUCUCCAUGACCUAGCCAGAUUUCACUUCCUUUUCCUUCCCUGCUGUCCUUGCGCCAUCCCUAACUUGUUCCUCCUGCUGCUUUUGGCUUCUUAGAGAUGAAGGGCUCAAGAAAAGGCUACUAAGUGCCCCAGCCAUCUCUUUACACGUGCACACUCCAGCUGGGACGUUCAAAGGGCGAGGGCCAGACCAACUCUGUCUCCUCUCUUUCUGCCAAUUGCUGCCCCUUUGCUGUGUUGAAUGAACUUUGUGUAGAAGUUAUGCAUUGGACUCGCUUUGCUAAUGCUUUUUGCCUGCCCUCUGCUCCCAAGUCCCUGGCUGCUUCUGCACAUACCCUGAACGCUUUGUGCCUGUUUUCUGUGGUUGUGGAGAGUGAGUGAACAAGUAUGUAGAACAGCUUUCCUUAUGGCAUUGGUUAGUUAUCCUAGUGUUUAUCAACAUCUGUAUUAUUCUAACAAUAUCCUAGAAUUAAAAGUAUAAUUUUUAAAAUGAAAAAACUUUGAUACUCAUUUUAGUAAUCCAACACUGAUUGCUGUAACAGCUCUUCAUCAGAUUUGUUAAAAUUGGAUACAACUCUUAAUGUUGAUGCAUUUGUACAGAUGUUCCUGUGGGGAUUUGGGAGGAUAGUGUCUUCACAUAUUGGUGAGCCUCUGGAUAUUGUCAUACCUUGGGAAGGUGCAAAAACCUGGACAGUUUACUAUAAAGGCUAUGCUGGUGGCAAGAUCCACCUGGAAAUAUUUGGUAUUGGUGACUCAUCAGCUCUGGAAAAGAAAAAAAACAACAUCCAAAUGGAAAAAUAAGAGGAGUCCUUGUUGUUUUAAGGAGAUACUUUGGGGUAUGCCUUAAAAAUAUUAAAACAGUUUUUACUGAACUAGAAUUGGGAUUCCUCAGAACAGAGAUACUUAGAAACAGUCAAAGGCUUUCUACUCAUGACAUAGCUGCACAGUCUGCCUAAGGCGGUAAUUAUAUAUUAACAGGGUGUGGCCACGAUUUUCAAAGUACUUACAAGUUAAUUUUUUCUUUCAAAACUUUCUUUUUCUAAUGGGGGGCCAUCUUAGGCAGACGUGAGGAAUGGAAAUGCAUUAAAUUGGGAGGGGGUAGGCAGAAUACAAAUAUGGAAGAAAAAUUUUAAUUAAAAUAUUGUAGUUGAUUUCUGGAAAUGAAAGUUAAAGGAAAUCUCAGUCCAUCCGAAGAAAUGUAGCUUCAAAGCCUCCCUCUGAAGCUAUUUGAUAUGUGAGUAUUUUACCAUUAUUAUUGAAGCCAAUUUCCUCCUGUGUAAACUGUUCCCUAGGAGCUUAGAGGUAGGUUAGAGCUGUGCUUCCAGGCCGUUAGGACACCACUGAAAUGAUGAUUUGCUAAAUGGCCCCCUGGUGGUCCAAAAGUUCGUGUUGCUGGCAGAGAAGUUCUUAUGCCCUGGGAGAAAUGGACUUGACUUCCUCUUUGGUAGCAUUCAUUAGAUACCCACCUCUGCAACGAAGUGGCCGACUUGGCCAUGCUUAUUCUAUAGAAGACUUCAAAGGUUUCAAACAACAGCAACGGUUAAGGUACCAGUGAAAAAGAAUUGAGAAAAAUUAAUAGAAAAAAAUCACCCCGUAAUGACCUAAAAUGGUUUCAUGGUAAAUCACAUCGUAUUAUCUGUUUUCCCAAAUGCUUCAUUUUCCAUAUUUGUAUCAUUUUCAGCUUCUCCAAAGGCAUAUUUUCUUUUCCUUCUGGGAGAGAUUCGGGCUGAUGACACCAAAUCUCACUUUGAGUUUCAGACCAGAUUCUGUAGCUGCCUUCUGGACAUCUCCGCUUGGAAAUUACCCAAAUAAUUCAAAGUCCAAACUGAACUUAACCACUUCCACCACCCCACCUCUUUCUCCUGUGUUUCCUAAAUCAGUCACUGCCCAGUUAUUCAAGCUAGAAAAUUGCUUGUCAUCCUUGACAACUCCUGUUCCUUCAGCAACCUUCCCCAAAUGAAUGAUGAGUAUUAGUUGGAUAAUUAGUCAUCCAUUCAUGUCCAUACCACUUCCCAAAUGUUUCUCAAAUAUGCCUACCUCUUUCUCCACUGCCGCCACUUUCCAUGUGACCUUGACUUAGCUUUUCUGUUUCUGGAUUCCUCAUCUGUAAAAUGGAGCGCAAUUAUAUCAAUCUCACAGAGUUGCAAAGAUUGAAUGAACAAUUAGGCUCAAAAUACUUGCUGCAAUUAUUCAGACCAUCACCAGGCCACAUCUUGCUUACUGCAGUAACCUUGUAAUGAGUCUCCUUCAGUUUGUUCUCUCUCACUACAGCUUGAGCGAUCUUUCUGAAGGGCACAUCCCUUUAUGCCACUCUUCUGUGUAAAACAGUCUCGAGCUUCCCAUUGCCGGCAGCAUACAGCGAAACUCCUUCAGUGUAUGUAUGAGGAGGUCAUCUGUAAUCUGGCUUCUCCUCCCCUCUCCAGCUUCAGUUCUGUCCACUUUCCCUGCACUUGCAAUACUAUCCAUGGUACACCUCUUGCAGUUUCGAGAAUGUUCCGUCAUCUCUCUGGGUUCAUGCUCUUUUCCUCUGCCUGAAGUAUUCUUUCCACUCUUUUUCUGGCCAACUCCUACUCAUCCUCAGGUCUCAAGUCUAACUUUUUUUUUUGGAAACCUUACCUGACCACAAGACUAGAUCAGGUGUUCAUUUUCUGUGUUCCCUGAAUUUAUCCCAAAUGAAGUACUUACCCCUGUUUUGUUUGCCUAUUGACUUUUCAGUCUCCUCCGUAAGACUUUAACAUCCUUGAAGAAGUCGCUGUGUCUUGCUCACCGUUUUCAUCUGCAGCCCCUGAUGAAUGUCUUAACUAAAGUAGGUAGGCAGCAAAUAUUUCUUGAGUAAACGAGAGGAAGAUAUCUAUGAUCUUCCUUCCCUUCUGCAGGGCUGUUGAUUUUAUUUCUAAUUCAUCACCACAGAAGCCUCUCAUAAAAGAAUUGUAGGAACCGUCUUAUUAGCACAUCUGGGUAAGCCAUAUGCACAAGGAAAAAGGUUCCCACAUGGCAAUCUUAACACAUCUAAGACCCUUCCCAGGUAAAGCCGGGAUAAAGACCUGCCCCUGGCUGCUCCUGGACUUAAUAGUGAGUCCUUGUCAUCUUUGGAGGGUUAUCUAGGAACAGCCUCUUUCCAUGGCAACUUUGGAGACAUGUUGCAAGACAGGCUACAGUACAGGCAGCUUGGCUGUAGGUUUGGCAUUUGGUUCAUCUGAAUUCUCCAAGCCUAGAACAUAGUCCUUAAUGUUUUGGGGAGGGCCUGGGUUCCUUUGAGAAUCUAAUGAAAUUUUUAGAUCUUUUGCGUUCUGUUAUUGAGUUUUGAGAGUUCUUUUUAUGUUUUGGAUACAAGACCUUUAUGAGAUACAGGAUUUACAAGUAUUUUUCCCAGUUUGGGUUGUCUUUAUUCCUUUAAGAGUGUCUCUCAAAGAAUCAAAAUUUUAAAUUUUAAUGGAGUCCAGAUUUCUGAUAGAAUUUUUACCCAAGUUUUUAUAUAGAAUUGACUUGACGGCAAUGGGUUUUUGGUUUUACAUAUAUAUAAAUUGAGGUGGAUUGACACAGUGGCUCCAACAAUGAGCUCAAGCAUAACAACGAUUGUAACGACGGCUCAGGACCGGGCAGUGUUUCGUUCUGUUGUGCAUAGGGUCGCUAUAAGUUGGAACCGACUCGACGGCACCUAACAACAUGUAAAUUGAUUUAUGCAGCAAGAGCUCUCUCAUAGUAAACACACCAAAUGUCUAAAUGAGACCCCUAAUACUCAUGAACCGUAUAAUAUUUAUGUUCCAGAUACAGCGUGGCACAAAGUUAAAGUUGGUAAAGAAACAACUGUGUCUUUAGCUUAUUUUUCAGAUGUUCCUCACUUAGGUUGGAAACAUUUCAUUCAUUUGAUUAUCUUGAUUUAUUGCUAUUAGCACUAUAGCAAAUUUCAGGGCAUAUUAAAAUAAUUGAUUAAUUAUAAGUCUGAAGUACUUAAAUAUUAACAAACAGAAAAUAUUUGGAAAUCUGUAUUAGUCUAUUUCUUUGAGUCUUUUUGAAAAUGAAGACUUUUUUUUUUUCCAGUUCUGGAGAUCCAGUUUUUGGGCUAGUCAUGGAUUGCCCAAGGAAACAAAGAUUUCAAAUAUGCCAGCCUUCUUCCUAAAGGGAUCUUUCUUUUUUCACCUGACCAUCAUUGGGAACUAUGAGAAUUUUACAACUUUGUCAACGUUCACUUCCGAGGAAAGGAUUUAUGACGCUAGGAAUGGAAAAACCAUGGGAGCGAUGGUUCACUCCUUGACUUUGCAGGAGCAAGUAUUUCAGGAUAAAAAUGUCAAGAACACUUGUGAUUGCUCUUUUGCCUUGAUGGCUGAUUGUCCAAGCCUUAGGCAACAUAACCAUAUGAUCCUUGUGGUGGCCUCCCUUCUCUGCCCACACCCACCUACCUCUCAGAGGGAGGAGCAGCCGCAAACAUUCUGACUUCUCCCUUUUCCGCCUUGCAGGUGUCAGUAUUUUAAUAAUAUUUUUUGGUAAAAUAUAUUCUCUGUUUAGAAUUAUUACAUUAUUCAGUUAGGUGUAUAUUUAAGGCAGUCUUGAUAAUUACUCUAAAUUUUACUGCUUAGUAUAUUUUACAUUUAUUUUACUAGCAGUUUCUCAUUUAAAUGGCACUUUGCAUAAUUUUCUAGUAUUUCUUGAAUUAGCUGUUUUUCCAUUUCAUGUCAACUUGUUUUGGUUUGCAACUCACAAAUUUAGAAUUGCAAUACUUGUGAAAUAAUGCUACUCUAAGGUUGGUACCGAAGUCCACGUUUUAGCGAAAACAGCUUAUUACAAAGUUUUAUUUUGCAACGACCGGGCUUUCAAAGAUAGGCUUUGAAAUAUACCCACCUUAACAUUAGUUCUGUUUAGUAGAUUUCCUGAGCAGUUUUAUCACAACCUGACAGUACUUUCAGUUGCUUAAUGAAAAUAUCAUCCUGAACAUGCCAGGGUUACCUCAAAUCUGACAUUCCGACACUGAAUUUGAUUUCUUCGCUGCUAAAAACUGCUCUUCAUCACGUCUGCUGUCUCUCUGAAUAACACAGUCAUUCAGGUCACCUAGGCUUGAAACGAUUGCUCCAUUUCCCUUAUAUUUAAUCAAUUAUCAAGCCUUGUUAGUGCUACUUGAUUCUGUCUGGAAAAUGUCAUGAAAAUCUAUCUUCUUUCUAUUCACUUUACCUCUCUCCAAUUCAGGCCUUUGUCAUCUCCUUUUGGGAAUAUAAUACUGUACUAGUUUCCUGUACCCUAUGAGCUCAAGCUUAGCAACAAUUGUGAGAAUGGCACAGGACCGGGCAGUGUGUCUGGUGUACAUAGGGGUCGCGAUGAGAGGGAACCAACUUGACAGCACCUAACAAUAAUAACCUAACCUUGCCCUAUCCCUUUAACGUGAUGCCAUACAAAUUGUAUUUUCUAAAAUAUGUAUUUGAGGAUAUAACAAGCCAUUUAAAACCCUUCACAGUUUCUAUAUUGUUUAAAGGAUAAAGACUGAACUUGUUCACAGUGUUGCUCUAUCUACUUCUUUCAGGCUUAUCUUACCCACUCUGUGGCCCUCCUUUCAGAGUUUGCCGACACUAGAUUACUCAAAUUCCCUUCACCUCAUCAUGCGGUGUAACUUUUCAACACCUUUAACCAUGCUUUCCCUUCUUCAUGUAAUGCCUUUCCCGCCAUUAUUUUGCUUUGUCUAAACAGAUAAUCUUAAGAAGCCACUUACCCGUUAAUUUCUCUGUGAUGUCCUGUUUCCAGAGGCAGAAUUAACCAUUCCCUUAGAAUUUUUUUUAGCACUUUGCACAUCAUCAUAUUUCAUUAUAGCUAACUAUAUGCGUUACUUCAUCAGAUUAUAGAAUUUUAAAACAACAAUAACAACGCUUAGCACUUAUGGACUGCUCUUGGCAUUUUAAAAACUUCACAGAUAAUAACUUAUUUACUCCUCAUAACAGUCUUCAAGGAAUAGGGCAAUUACCGUUUCUAUUGUUCAAAUGAGAAGAGUAUUUUAUUCAGCUUAUUUGUCUUCUGAAACUCAGUGUCUAUAUUGGCACUAAACAUAAACCAAAAACCAGAACCAAACCCGUUGCCGUUGAGUUGAUUCAACUAAUAGCGACCCUAUAGGACAGACUAGAAUUGCCCUAUAGGAUUUCCAAGGCUGUAAUCUUUACAGAAGCAGACUGCCACAUCUUUGUCCCAUGGAGUGGCUGGUAGGUUUGAACUGCCGACCUUUUGGUUAGCAGUCAAGUGCUUAACCAUUGCACCAUCACCAGACUCCUCUGUCACUAGACAUAAUAGUGUCAUAAAAAAUAGUAGUAUUCAUUAUAUCUUUAAGGUUUCUUUUUCUUAAUCCCUGCAUUGAUAGCUCUUGAAGUAUAAAACUUAAAUCUUCGGUUUUUAGACAAGGAAGAAGCAUGCUCUGGACUUCACUCUUGUUUGGUUAUAUCUACUCUUUAUUGGAGUUUGCGUUUUACCCGAGGUAGUACUGCCAUUAACUAGGGCAAGACCGUCUCUAUGGGCUCUAAUCUUUAGAGGGCCUUGAUCUGGCCCUCCUCAAGCCAUGCCUUUCCCUGUAGGGCCCAGGGAAUGUGUCCACCCAGAGCCCGCACGCCUAUAUCAUACACUCCAGGAUCCUAACAUUAUUUGCUCAAACAGCCCACUUCCAGGCCUCUUUCCCAGGUUCAUUCUCUUGAGGGAAGAUCAAGCUGCCUGUGGUAUCCCUAGGCAUUAGAUUGGGGAGGGGCGUGUGGACAAAAGUUAGACCUGCAGAUUGGGCAACGAUACGGGUGUGCGGGUCCUCCUGGAAUGACACAGAGCCAGAAUGGGAAAUGAAGGCAGCGGGCCUCAGGACAGGGACCUCCAUUUUAUACAGUUGCUCCAGUCCUGAUGCCAGGUAUGCUAUCAAACAUUUCCGUGAAUGGUUUAUGAUAAGGAGUCAGAAUACAUGAAAUCCAGAUUUCUAGGGCGAGUGAUUUGGUGAAUGGAUGAGUAUGAUAUGAAUGGAAACAGAGCACCCAAAAAGGAGGACACUGGGGUGGAGAUAAAGAUUACAAGUUAAUUAAGUCAUUGGACAAAAACUUGUUGAGCACCAGCUUAUGUGCCUGGCACAAGGGUGAACAAAACAAGGACUCCGCUCUCGAAUUUAUAUUCUGGUGAGAGAGGUGAACAUAAAGACACAUAUAAUGCCAGGUGGCUACAAGUGCAAUAAAGGAAAAUAAAGCAAUGUAAGAGGAGUAAGGGGGACUGCUAUUUUAGUGUGGAUGGUCAGGGGAAGCCCCUCUAAAGAGCUGACAUUCCAGCAGAGGCCUGAAUGAAGUGAGGGGCUAAGUCAUAAGGGUAUCUGUGGGAAAUCAUUCUAGGCAGCCUGAACAGCAAAUGUAAAGGUGCUGGGGCAGCAAUUGGCAUGCUAGAGGAACGACCACCAGGAGCUGGAACACAGUGAGGAAGAGGGCAAGUGGUGGGAGAUAAAAAUCAUCUCCAGAGACUAGUUGUUGAUUUUGAGGAACCUGUUACAUGCAAACAUACUUUCAUCUACUCAGCAGGCUGUUGGAAAUAUGAGGCUAAAGCUCAGGACCAAAGGUGGGUUGUAGAUAAGGUGUAAUCACUAGUACAGAGAUGGUAGUUGUGAAAACCAUGCAAGUGAAUGAGAUGAUCCUGAUGGAAUGUUGGGAACAGUACCAAGAAUGGAAUCCUGGAACACCAACAGUUAACAGAUGGGCAGAGGAGAGGACCUAGAAGGAAGUAUUACAGAGCCCAGAGGUGAACCAGGGGAGGAGAGUCAUAAGGCCAAGGAUGUGGCAUAUUGCAAGAUGUCCAAAUCCAAUAAAGAUGUCUACUAAGGUACUGUAUUUGAAACUUCUGUAAAUGGAAAAGCUCUAUGUAAGUAGAAGUUUUGAUCAGUAUUGUUGUUAAUAAUAACUAGAGAGCCUAAUAUGGAUAUUUUUACUUAAAGAGUAAUGAGAACUUAGCUAUAUACAUAUAAAACAAAACAAAAAAACCAAACCUGUUGCCGUCAAGUCGAUUCUGACUCAGAGCGACUGCCCCAUAGGGUUUCCAAAGAAUGUCUGUUGUAUUCAAACUGCUGACCUCUUGGUUAGCAGCCAUAGUUCUCAACCAUUGUGCUACCAGGGCUCCAGUUAUAUACAUAUGGCCCAUUUAUAGCCAAUUCAUCAAUUUUCAAAACAAAACCCACAUAAGUUAUACUGAAAAUGCUAUCAUUGCCAUAUGGCACCACACUGAUGUUGGGAGGAGGAUGUAUAAUCUCUGUUGAGAUGUUUAUUUGUGGAAUGUGUAUUUAACUUGUAUAUUUGAAUAUGGGUAAUAAUACUUAGAUUCUACUGUAUUUUAGUUAAAAGCUUACAGUAACAUUUCCAUAAAAGAUUUCUGGGUAGAUUUUCUGCCUGGAUAUAGGAAAGCCUUAAAAUAAUGAGAAAAAUCAAUGGACCAAAUGUUACCUACAGAAGUCUCCUAGAAGCUGACUUCUGGGGUUUAGGUGGCAACCACUGCUGAUACCCUGUGCCUAUCUCUUUAAAACAGCUGCAGACAACUGGACUAAACCAAAAGCAAAGAAGCUGCCUGAAUAAACUGAACACUUUGAAGGCCAGUGUAGCAGGGGUGGGGGUUUGGGGACCAUGGUUUCAGAGGACAUCUAGAUCAAUUGACAUAAUAAAAUCUAUUAAGAAAACAUUCUGCAUCCCACUUUGGAGGGUGGCGUCUGGGGUCUUAAACGCUAUCAAGCGGCCAUCUAAGAUGCAUCAAUUGGUCUCAACCUACCUGGAGCAAAGGAGAAUGAAGAACACCAAAGACACAAGGUAAUUAUGACCCCAAGAGACAGAAAGGACCACAUAAACCAGAGACCACAUCACCUUGAGACCAGAAAGACUAGAUGGUGCCCAGCUACAACUGAUUACUGCCCUGACAGGGAACACAACAGAGAACCCCUCAGGGAGCAGGAGAGCAGUGGGAUGCAGACCUCAAAUUCUUGUAAAAAGACCAGACUUAAUGGUCUGACUGAGACCAGAAAGACCCCAGAGGUCAUGGUCCCCAGACCUUCUGCUAGCCCAAGACAGGAACCAUUCCCAAAGCCAACUCUUCAGACAGGGAUUGGACUGGACUAUGGGAUAGAAAAUGAUACUGGUGAGGAGUGAGCUUCUUGGAUCAAGUAGACACAAGAGACUAUGUGGGCAGUUCCUGUCUGGAGUGGAGAUGAGAGGGCAGAGGGGGUCAGAACCUGGCUGAAUGGACAGAAAAGUAGUGGAGAGAAGGAGUGUGCUGUCUUAUUAGGGGUAGAGCAGCUAGGAGUGUUGCAGCAAGGUGUAUAUAAAUUUUUGUAUGAGAGACUGACUUGAUUUGUAAACUUUCACUUAAAGCACAAUAAAAAUUAAGAAAAAAAAACAAAACAGCUGCAGAGUUCAGUGUUGGAGUGGAUGCAUCAAAAUACUGGUAUUAACAGGGAAUUCUGCUGUUGCCAAGUAGAAGAGCUGUGUGUUAAAUUCUUCCACAAUACCGAAUAUUCAUUCACUCUUAAUUUGGAUUUAGCAAUUCAAACUGGCCUUAAACUGGUUUUAAAGUGUUGAAAAGCAAAGAUUUCACCUUGAACACUAAAGUGCGCCUGACCGAAGCCACGGUACUUUAAAUUGAAUCAUAUGCAUGUAAAAGCUGGACAGUGAAUAAGGAAGACCGAAGAAGAACUGAUGCCUUUGAAUUGUGGUGUUGGUGAAGUAUACUGAAUAUACCAUGGACUGCCAAAAGAACAAACAAAUCUGUCUUGGAAGAAAUACAACCAGAGUGCUCCUUAGAAGCAAGGAUGUUGAGACUAUGUCUUACAUACUUUAGACAUGUUGUCAGGAGGAAUCAGUCCCUGGAGGACAUCAUGCUUGGUAUAGGGUCAGCAGAAAAGAAGAAGACCUUCAAUGAGAUGGAUUGACAGAGUGGCUGCAACAAUGGGCUCAAGCAUAACGAAUAUAAGGAUGGCACAGGACUGGGCAGUGUUUCAUUCUGUGGUACGUAGUGUCACUAUGAGUCGGAACCGACUUGAUGGCACGCAAUGACAACAACAAACUGGCCUUAAAAAGUUGAUUCUUGUUUUCUUGAGUUGAUUAGGGGAAUGAACGGUUGGAAAGGAGAGCUCACUUUGCUGUAUUUAUUAUUUGCUCUAUUUUUUCACUUUUUCCUUAUUCUCUCAACAGAACCAAAGGAGAACAGGAGGCUCGUGAAAAAGU